AUGGGAAGGGAAGCACGGGCGAUGUUGGCGCAAGUGGCAGCCGAUUACGUGGAGGCUGUUAACCUAGACUUUAUCGCACAAGUAUUCUGCUGGUACACCUCCUUCUCCAUCCGCCGGGUACCCAUGAUGGAUGUUGUUUCGAUGGAGUUAUCUUCCACCAUUUUUGUCUGCACAAAUUAUUCGGCCACCAUUAGCCUCCUGAACAUCAGUGAUAAUGACGACGAUGAUGACUAUGAUGACGAUGACAAGGACGACGAUGAUAAAGAUGAGGACAAUGACGAUGAUGAUGAUGAGGACGAUGACGAUGACGAUGAGGACGACUACUUUGACUUAGUCGUCGACGAUGACAACUUCGACUUAGUCGUGGACGAUGACUAUCGUACCUACUUCGACAGUGGUUCCAGGCCAGCAUUUGCAACGGCGGUGGAGGGCCUCAAGAUGGUCACGGCUGAGGAAUCGGACUCUUGUUCCAUAUGUCUGGAGGAUUUUGGGAUGACGGCUCCAGUGUUGGCGAUGCUUUGCGGCCAUCUCUUUCAUCCGGGAUGUCUAAAGAAAUGGCUGGAGCAGAGUUGUUCAUGCCCUCUCUGCCGCUUCUCGCUUCCUCAAGAACAGUGGUAG